AUGGGUAAGUUGUCACCUGAGAUCUCAAAAAAUAUAAGCAUGUAAAAAAACAACAAAUUUUUUUCCUCCACACAACACACACUCACGAAAAAAGCCUACUCUUUCAUCCGUUUUUCUCCUUCUUCUUCUUCUACUUUUUUUCCGCCUUUUUGUCAUUUUAUUCUUGAACUAAACUUAACAUGGCUCCUCAACUAAAACUUCGAAGAUCUGAAAGAAUUAUUGAAAAGACUCGAACAGUUGUGGUAUUUAAAACGAUUAAAAAAUCGGAAGAUAAAAAAGAAGAAAAAAGUUGGAAAGAAGAAGAAAAAAUGUUAGCAAGCGGAAAUUAGCAUCUUGCUUUAAUUUAUUUUCAAUUUUUCAGCAUUCCGACAAAGUCCAAUCGAUAUUGUACCACAAGAUGUGUGCCACAGCGCCGAAGAUUGUAAGGUAAGUUGAAAUUUUUUGCCUAAUUUUCAUAAGUAUUCCUAGAACCCAUUAUAAAUUUAAAUAUUCAGGCUGACACUUUGAACAUUGACUACAAACAAGGCGAUUGCUGUGACGUCAUUGUGAAUGAAUCAGGUUUUCGUGUAAACGUCAAAAGAAACUGUGUAACUUGUAAGUUCUUCAUAUGUUUUUUGCUUCUUCUUUCAUUUUUUUUCGAAAAAAUAGAUCUCUGACAUAAUAUAUCUCUCCCCCUCUUUUUUUCCCUUCUCUUUAUUUUUUUUUAUCCGUUUUUUUCAGCACUCACAGCUGCUCAUUUGCCCGCAAAAUUCGAAUUGGCACAAUUCCACGCUCAUUGGGGUUGCAAUGGAAAAGUUGGGUCGGAACACUUUUUGAAUGGUAAACAAUUGAGCGGAGAGGUUCAUUUCGUUUUCUGGAACACUAAUUAUGAAUCGUUUGCUGAGGCUGUUGAGAAAGAUGAUGGACUUGCAGUUAUUGGAGUGUUUUUGAAGGUUUGUGCAUUACUGUAAAUUAAAAAAUUAUGAAGAGCUUCCGAUCUUCUUGCAAACAUUCAAGAUAACAAUGUAGUUUUUGAAAUUUUUGAUAAGAAAACUUUCUGCCUGGAUAAACAAAAAUCCUUUAAGCUCACUACAAUUUUCAUAUAAGCUCACUACAAUUUUCUCAAAAUUUUUUCUCAACAAAAAAAAUAGAAUACAAAAAACGGAAAUCAUAUUUCCCACGAGUCUGGAGAAAAUGUAUGGAAUGCAGCAAUACCAACUUUGAAUCAAAAAUUUGAAAGAAAUCAAAAACUAGAAAAGGGAACUAUUCUAUAUCACUCAAAGAACAGUCAUUCUUUUUUGUCCUGUUUUGUACCAAUUUUUUCCCAAUUAGAAAUGGGAUUAAAAAAUGAUGUUACAAGAAGUCAAUUUCAAAAUUUUGCAGGAAGGAAAAUACAAUGAAGAUUAUCACGGGCUUAUUGACACUGUUCGAAAAGCAACCGGAAACAAUUUGCCACUUCAAAUGCCUAAAAACUUCCAUAUUGAACAACUUCUUCCACCAGUUGAUAAACGUGAUUUUGUAACAUAUUUGGGAUCAUUGACAACUCCACCAUACAAUGAAUGUGUGAUUUGGACACUUUUCACUGAACCCGUUGAAAUUUCAUAUGGACAAUUGAAUGUGUUACGGAAUAUUAUCCCUGAAAAUCAUCGAGAAUGCCAAGAUAGAUGCGGACGCACUAUCAGAUCUUCACAUUUAUUAGAUUUAUAG